AUGAACCCUCACCAGCAAAACAAGAUAGAUAUCAAUGAACGAAAGUAUUUCGACUCUGGGGACUAUGCCAUGAGCAAGGCAGGAAAAGCAUCAGACGUUACUACAAUCGGCUCCCGUCAUCCUCUCCCUGAGAAUAUUCCGCACCUCACAGCAUCAUCGCCUCCCCAGGUCACUGCUACCCCAAACAUCUUCAACGGACAUGCCCCGGUUCACUCCCACUCUGGAGGAGCGAAUAGCGGAAUGCCUCUGGGUAUGGCUCGCAGCCCCAUAAAAGAGGGAAGCUUUCUCCAACGACAAGCCAACAUGGAGGAUACCAAUGACGAUGACGGGGGAUCAAACAGUAAAGAAGAGAACCGGUCACGCCUUGAAACCAGGGAAAGCCCAAAGUCGAGAGUAUCAAUGUCGGAGCGAAAGACGGACGAUGCAGACGACUCUUCUCCGCGAAUGAGUGAAAUCCCUAUUCGACGAUAG